GCAGCGUGAUCAUAAGACGCACUGUUUUCUGCGAAUCUGGCGCUUAUUCACACGGUUAUACCGAUUGUUUAUGUAUCUGUACACUGCGACAGAUAUCUAGGACUGUGAGCUAUUGGAUUUUCCUGUUUGUCUUAUUAUUGAAUUAUUCCAGUAUAUAUAAUGCUUAAAUUUCCUUUUUACGAUCUAAAAUGGGUUUUCAUUCUAAUAACACCCUGUGUCCACCUACUUAUAAUUCAUCCCGGAUCGUCUACGCCUUUAGUGGCCCGCAGACUGUUGAAUCUUGGGAGCGAGUAUACGCACAUCCAGUCCAGUAUGCAGUAUUCUUCUUCUCGCACACAUUUAUUUAACAGCGAUACCAGUUUUCAUACACUGCCGGUAUGCAGUUCGACAUCUGUCUGUAACAGAAUCAAUAAUUUCACUGGUCAAACGGAAGUGCACAGAAUCUGCAAAUGCCCUUUGACGUCGCAUUCAUUAUCAGACAAAAAAGGUGACGGUGGCAGCGGCAAUUUUCGCGAAAAUACCGCGAUUGAUCCCUGCCCAAUUAGUACGAACAUUUCCGAUGGCUUCACGUUUUCAAGCGAUGGACAAUAUUACACGAUGUGCCGACCGUUAGUAAGAACACUCCCGCAGUGCCGGUAUUUUCGUGACACAACAUUCGUUAUUACAUCAUAUCCUUCCCGCAAACAUAUUCAGCAGACUAUGCGUUGCAUUUGUCCAAACGGAAGCAGCACCUAUUUGGCAAAGUGGAUGCAAAAGCACAAUUCCCCACACAGUAAAAUUAUUUACCACUAUGCGUGCAGCCCUCCAUCGCACAUUGAGUGUACCGCCAAAGAACCUUGCGCACUAUUCGUCAGCAGCAGUGCGAAAAACAUCCAUCGACAGAACGUUUGCGCUUGUCCUUCCGGUACUUCAUGUCCAGAAAAUUUGGCCGAUGGUGACAUCAGCGUAUUCGAUGCCGAUAUUCGGUCCAACGCCACUACGUACGCUGCAUAUUGUUCAUUUUCGAAAGGGUCAAAAUGAACUAACCGCAGUUCGACAUACGCUGCUCAAAGUUUAGAGUUUAUAAAGUCUGUUAGUUUUGUAAGCAAAAUUUGUAAUGAUACUGACUGUAAAUACUGGCUUUUAUUACUGAUUUAUUCCUGUAGUGUAGGCAUUUAACGACG